AUGGCAGACAACAUCUCAGUAACCAUCUGCGGCGACGGAGGAUGCGAGGAUUCAUACUCAGUCACCCGCACUGUCGACGGCCUCCCCUACUUCCUGUCCAUCACUGACACCGCCGGUCAGGAGGAAUACCGCGGACUAUGGACCGCCAACACCCUCAAAUCCGAUGCCUUCCUCUUGGUCUACGACAUUACAAACCCCUCCAGUCUGGAAACCUUGGAUCAUUUCAUGGAUCUGAUCGAUAUGGAAGCCGAACAGCGUGUGGAGGAUAAUCAACGAUUGCGCAAAGAGCUCGGUCCUACCGCCGGACCGGGGGUGGGCACGCCGCCGCCCGUGAAGAUUGUGGCUGGGAACAAAUGCGACCUGAAAGACGGGCGCGCCGUCACCUCUCGAGAGGGGCUAGAGUAUGCGCGUCGACAUGGGUGCGGAUUUAUGGAAACGAGUGCGCGGGAGAUGGUCAACAUCGAAGAGACCUUUGCUCAUUUGGUCCGUCGCGUCGUUGAAGCCCGCAGGAUCCAUUUGCAGGGCCCAGAUCGGCCCUCGUCUCGAACUGGUCAGUCCGUUCAUACGACUGCAUUGCCCCCAACCACGACGGAGGUGACCAAGCGCCCCCGGGCGCGACGAUUGUUCGGCAUUGGUCAAGGCCGAGAAUCUCCCGAGACCGAUACGGACGAGACGCAGGGAUGUUUAUUCCGGCGACUGUGCUGUGUGUGUUGUGGAUAA